GUCGCGGACGCGGACGUACGAGCUCGCUCGGCCGUGUGCAGUUGUACCAACCGACCAGUCCGAGACCGGCUGUGACGGACAUAAUAGGAUGAAGGACAUCCGGUCGCAGUUUCAGAAAAAUGGCUUCGUCGUCCUGGAGGACUUCUUUCAGCCGGAUGAGAUCGAAGAGCUGAAAUUCUCUGGCGAGGAGUUUACCAAGAAUUUACCACCGGAGAGCGAGAGAACAGUUUUCGACACGAUAAAACAGCAACAGAACAAAGAUAAAUAUUUCCUGGACAGCGCCAACAAAAUCAGCGUGUUCUUCGAGUCUGAGGCACUGGAGGCGGAUGGAAAAUUAAAAGUUCACCCUCGAGUGUCCUUAAAUAAGGUAGGUCACGCUCUUCAUUGGCUUAAUCCUACGUUCAAAAAGUAUUCUUUCGACGAACGAGUUAAAGAGACAGCUUAUCAAUUGGAUUACGAAGAACCGGCUAUUUGUUCGUCGAUGUACAUUUACAAAAAUCCGGGAAUCGGAUCGGAAGUAGUCAUGCACCAAGAUGCAACGUAUUUUUACACUGAUCCAGUGAAGGUAGUUGGUUUCUGGAUCGCGUUAGAAGACGCUACUCAAGAGAACGGUUGUCUAUGGAUCGCACCUGGUUCUCAUCAAAGCGGUGUACAUCGACGUUUUGUAAGAAAUAAGGAUCCAGAUUCCGAGGAACUGUUGGUCUACGACAGACUUGCCCCCUGUUAUCAACUGAGCAAUUUUCGACCGGUACCAGUUAGCAAAGGAACCUGCAUCCUCCUUCAUGGACAAGUAGUACAUUUUUCGUAUCCGAAUAGAAGCGAUAAAUCUAGGCAUGCUUACACGUUUCACGUAAUCGAGACGCAAAAUGUUUCCUAUUCGAAGGAUAAUUGGUUACAACCACCACCGGGUGGAUUUCCAAAACUGUACAGAAAUUAAAUUCACCUUCGCGAUAUAAUUCUGGAAGGUUUUGAAGCGUUAUAACAUUGUUUCGUCAAAAGA